AACCUUUCGGAGACAAAAAAAGAGACCCCGUUUGGACGACCAAGCUGACAGACAAAAACGGCCACCGUUAGCUAGUCUACACUAGAUUUAUUCCUAAAAUAACGGUCACAUAAACAGGAAUAUCUGCUUUCUCAAUUUAUUGCGAGAGGUCGGAGAAGACCUUGGCCCCUGUUGGAACUGGAUGAGUAAAAAACCCACCUUAAAUCACUAUCAUGAUAAGAGCACCAGCGGUCUCCCCCCCGCCCAAUAGAGACUGUGAUGAGAGCGCACCUGAACAGUGGGAGAUUGAUCCUCAACCGUUACUAUCCCCUGUCGUCGAUGACACCCCGCUUUUCAUCCCUCUAACCCGAUGUAUGAAUUUGACGGAUGCUUUGCACAGACGACGACAGAAUCCGAGAGGAGAGUGGUAUGAUAACACGGUGUACAGCGACAUCGACCAUCCCGACCAACACGUCGUCUCGAUGAAUACAUAUGAGGACCAUAACGGUGCAUAUCUAUCUCAAGUAGAAGAAAUCGCUAGGAAUUCAGAUGUCGGGUUGCACGAUUUCGACAGUCAUUGGGAUCAUUCUGAGUUCGAUCACAGCAACUCACCACAUAAAUCAGUGGAGACCAUCAUGCACCGUAGAAAAACAACCGUGCGAGAGAAGGGUCGUCGGCAGGCUGUCCGUGGCCCUGCAUACAUGUUCAGUGAGCGGGGCACCAGUCUCACUUCAGAGGAGGAGCGCUUCCUAGAUGCUGCCGAGUACGGGAACAUCCCAGUGGUACGCAAGAUGCUGGAGGAGUCCAAAACCCUCAAUGUCAACUGCGUGGACUACAUGGGCCAGAAUGCGCUGCAGUUAGCCGUGGGCAAUGAGCACUUGGAGGUAACAGAGCUUCUGCUGAAGAAGGAGGGGCUGGCACGUGUGGGCGAUGGCCUCCUCUUGGCCAUCAGUAAGGGUUAUGUACGCAUCGUAGAGGCCAUCUUGGCUCACCCAGCGUUCAGUGGUGGGCUGCGCCUCACCCUAAGCCCCCUGGAGCAGGAGCUAAGAGAUGAUGACUUUUACGCCUACGAUGAGGACGGCACGAGGUUUUCCCAUGACGUGACCCCUGUCAUCCUGGCCGCACACUGCCAGGAGUAUGAGAUAGUGCACACUCUGUUGAUGAAGGGCGCACGCAUCGAGAAGCCCCAUGACUACUUCUGUAAGUGCAACGAAUGUCAUGAUAAGCAGUGCAGAGACUCGUUCAGCCACUCCCGCUCCAGGAUGAACGCCUACAAAGGCCUGGCCAGCGCCGCCUACCUGUCCCUGUCUAGUGAGGACCCCGUGUUCACUGCCCUGGAACUCAGCAAUGAGCUGGCUCGCCUCGCCAACAUUGAGACUGAGUUCAAGAACGACUACAGGAAGCUGUCCAUGCAGUGUAAAGACUUUGUGGUGGGAGUGCUUGACUUGUGCCGAGACACGGAAGAGGUGGAGGCCAUUUUGAAUGGGGAUGUGGACCAAGCUCUGCCCAGCGAUCAUAGUCGACCCUGUCUCAGCCGGGUCAAACUCGCAAUUAAGUACGAGGUCAAGAAGUUUGUGGCCCAUCCUAACUGCCAGCAGCAACUCCUGACCCUGUGGUAUGAAAACCUAGCUGGGCUCAGGCAGCAGUCUGUUGGGGUUAAAUGUUGGACUGUCUUGGGAGUAGCAAUUGGGCUCCCUUUCCUCGCUAUUUCAUACUGGAUCAUGCCCUGCAGUAAGUUGGGGCAGAUUCUCAGAAGUCCCUUCAUGAAGUUUGUGGCCCAUGCGGUGUCAUUCACCAUCUUCCUUGGCCUGUUGGUGAUCAAUGCCUCAGACCGCUUCGAGGGGGUCAAGAAUCUUCCAAAUGAGACUAUAACCGACCACCCUCAUCAGGUUUUCAGGGUCAAAACCAGUCAGUUUUCUUGGACUGAGAUGCUCAUCAUGAACUGGGUGCUUGGGAUGAUCUGGUCAGAGUGUAAAGAGAUCUGGGCUGAUGGGCCAAGGGAGUACAUCAUGCACCUGUGGAAUGUGUUAGACUUUGGCAUGCUGUCCAUCUUUGUGGCUUCGUUCACGGCUCGACUCAUGGCCUUCUUGAGGGCCUCUGAGGCCCAGCUGUAUGUGGACAUGUAUGUGCCUCACAUGCCCAACAUAGACCUGAGCAACGCUUCACUGCCUCCGAAUGUGGCAUACUACACCCACGCCAGGAACAGAUGGUUACCAUCAGACCCUCAACUCAUCUCUGAGGGUUUGUACUCAAUUGCAGUGGUGCUCAGUUUCUCCCGCAUUGCCUACAUUUUGCCUGCCAAUGAGAGCUUUGGCCCACUUCAAAUCUCCCUUGGACGGACUGUCAAGGACAUCUUCAAGUUCAUGGUCAUCUUCAUAAUGGUCUUCCUGGCUUUCAUGAUUGGCAUGUUUAAUCUAUAUUCAUAUUACCUUGGUGCAAAGUACAAUCCUGCCUUCACCACGGUGGAGGAGAGCUUUAAGACUCUAUUUUGGUCCAUCUUUGGCCUGUCCGAGGUUAUCUCUGUGGUUUUGAAGUAUGACCAUAAGUUCAUCGAGAACAUUGGUUAUGUUCUCUUUGGUGUCUACAAUGUAACCAUGGUAAUCGUACUGCUCAACAUGCUUAUUGCAAUGAUCAAUCACUCCUAUCAAGAGAUUGAGGAGGAUGCUGAUGUUGAGUGGAAGUUUGCCCGGGCCAAACUCUGGCUCUCCUACUUUGAUGAGGGUCGUACUCUGCCUCCACCAUUUAAUCUGGUUCCCAGCCCCAAGUCCUUCUACUACCUAGCCCUGCGCAUAAGGGCUUGUCUGGUGAAGCUGUGUAAGGCCAAAGCCCGUCACCACGACAACCAGCCAGAGACUUGUAUAAUCAAUUUGCGAUUUAAGCUCCAUCAGUACAGACCUCAAAAGAGGACACCGGGGCAGGAUGACUUCACCAUUCGGAAACCCAUCAAACAUCCUACUCGAUACCAGAAACUAAUGAAGAGGCUCAUUAAGCGAUAUGUGCUAAAAGCUCAGGUUGACAGUGAAAACGACGAAAUCAAUGAGGGUGAGCUAAAGGAGAUCAAGCAAGACAUUUCAAGUCUGCGCUAUGAACUCCUGGAGGAGAAGUCUCAGGCAACGGAUGAAUUAGCUGACUUGAUCCAACAGCUUGGGGACAAGCUUAGCAAGAACGUCAAGAAACCCUGACGACUUUGAAUUCAACCUUAAAAAGUAGAUAAAUAGGGUGUUGCUAGAUUCAGAGAUCUUAUGCCACGUUGAGGUUGGAUGGGCUAGCUACCUGUAGUUGUUUCCCAAAAUAUUUCAUAAAUAAACAAUAAUCCGGGUUGGGGGUACAUUUAUUAAUAUGGAAUUUCUGAAUUGAAUUAAAUUCAUCCAUGAAUUGAAAUUUGCAUUUGAAUUGGCCACACCACAAGUUAAGCUGAAUCUUUACUGAAUUUGAAAUAAAGGAGAAACCAAACCAUUUGAAACAAGUCUCAGAUCCUUUGGCAAUUAUUUUGCCAAAAGCAACUGCCACCUCUCACUAAAGAAUACAGACACCUUUAAAAUAUGACCAUUUCAAAAAUCAGCUUGAUUUUAACUCAAAAGGUCAGUAUUUUGUUAGUAUUUUUGUAAUGAGAUAUUAGGCUAUUCCAUUCCAUUAUGUGGUGUUUGAUCUAAUGUGAUCUGGGAUAUGUGUUUUUUUUUUAUAUAACAAACAUACAUAUAUAGUGAAUUAUUUAUAAACAAUCUACAAAAGGAACAUACAAUAUUUCCUGACCUUUCUAAUUACAUAAUACGUCUCAUAAAUAUGUUUUUCACCAAGGAAUUUAAUGAUCACAAUGGAAAUAAGUCUUUACAUUUUUUGUGAUAUCCCUGUCACAAUUUUAAAAUGUGUGUACUGUGUGAACACGUUUUUUUUUAAACUGCCAAAUAAAAUCUUUCAGUCUACGCUGCUGCCUCCAGGAUUCUGAAUUCUGUCCCAUUAGUAUUUUAGCACACCCUCUAUAUAAAUUGACAAUGAGGAUGUCAAAAUAAACUUGUCUAUAGUAAUUUAUCUAGUAU